AUGGCCGCCAGCGACUAUCGACUGUCAAUCCUCGACUGGCUCACAUCGAUUGAACCCCUACGCCCCGAUUCGACCGACAACAUCGUCGCCGCCGCCGACGGUCACGUCUCGGCUUCAUCAUCAUCGUCGUCGUCGUCGUCUUCUUCUUCGCCGCGCGACUACUCCCGCAAGCGCCGGCGAACCGGUCCCUGUCGAAACUCCUGCCGAAACUCCUGCCGCAACGACUGCUCUGUGCUCGGCCAGCAGCCUCCCCAGUUCCUCCCGUCUCCAUCCAUCUCUUCGGGUCGCUGCUCCAAGUCCAACCCGCGCCCGCCGGCCUCCUUGAUGGAGGUACGAAACACUCCUACACGUGCGAGGAAGCGCCCACAUCGGGACGGUGACAACAGUGACGACAACGUCUUCGGCGGAGAUGACUUGCUGGGUGGUCUCGAAGAGGCGUCUUACGACUCGGACAUGGUCACACCGAGGGCAAAACUGACUUCGCGCGCAAGCUUGUCCUCGGCUUCUGUGCAGUCUGGUAGCACCAACAAGUCCGGUAAUCAGUCUCCCACAAAGCAACUCAAGGGUGCUGCGCUAGACCAAACCGGCUUUGUGGUCAAGAGCUUCCUCGACACGUCUAUCCCCUUGCCGGCCUCGCUCUCGGGGUUGAAGCAGGACUUGGACAAGAUCAGAUUCGGCAUUGACCUGUUACCAGCCCGAUAUCGCUCUGAGCUCCAUCAUCUUGUCUUCCCCAACGAACGAUCCUCAAUCCCCCCGUACGCUUUUCGCAGCGACACCGCUCCGAAUGUACCCUCGGCCACAGGCGCUGGUGACUGGCGUAUUCCGUCCCUUGCCUGGGUCAACAAGACGGUCAAGGAGGCUGCCAAGUGCGAGGCACUCCUCGAGGCAGAGGCUGCCUGGAACAACAAGGUUCAUGAUCGGAUACUUUCCUGGCUCUUCCGAGCCGACGAUGCCGAAGAUCUGCUGGACUAUGCCUACUGCCCCUCGUCUCAGAUUCUCAAAAGGUUCAAGCCCUUGUCGGCCCCUUCCAAGAUGAUUGACUACUGCUUCAUCCUCCGACCCGAUUGCGAUACCCCAGACUACAGCAGGCCCGUGGACGUCAUCCGCGACCGCCGUGCCGGCAGGUCCAUCAACCACACCGACCUGGGGGAGCUGGACCGGAGCCCAAUAGCACUCUCGAUCGAGACUAAGCGUUCCCGAGAGGAGUGGGAUAAGGCCACCCUGCAGCUCGGCACGUGGCUUUCGGCGCAGUGGAGGAACCUUGACGAUCUCGGGUGGAAGCCGACGUCGGCAAUCCAAUUCCUCCCAGGCAUCAUCGUUCAGGGCCAUCACUGGCAUUUUGUAGCGGCUCUGCGAUGCCACUCGCAGGUGAUCCUACUAAGCGACGUUUAUAUCGGUAGCACCGCAGACCACUACGGUGUAUACCAGAUUGUCGCUUCCCUCCAGGUCCUCGCCUGUUGGUCUCGUGAAGUAUACUGGCCGGCCUUCAAAGCAGAACUGCUUCCCUCGUGA